AUGACGACCCAUCAGGAGAUCGUCAGAACCAUCACUGACAGCGAAUGGGGGAUAAAGGUUCUUAAACAACUCGACACACAGCCUGAUACGGGCUCAAUCUUGAGAGAGACACUCUUUGAGACCUGGUAUCUCUUUUCUCAUCUGGAAAACAACACGAUUACCUCGCGCGCCAAGCCAGUAACAUUGAUCAAUGGGGCGUGUCCUGAUCGCGACACCUUCUCGAGCGAGACGAACUGCACACAAAUUUGCACCAACCCGGACACUUUGUUCGCCUCAUGGAAGACACUAUGGCAGUGUCUAUCUCUUGCCGUCUUGACAAUUGGGAACGCGACAUUCUCCAACAGUCUGAAACGACCGCCUGGCGAGUUCGGGGCCUUGUCUCCGAGUGUUCAAAUCAACGAUGCCCUUUGGGAGUAUGGCAUCCUCUACGAUAGUGAUUUCGAUGGUAGAUCAGUGCUUGAUCUUACAUACCAAUGCGCCUCCGCUAGUUGUCGCGAGAUGACCAUGGGCGAGUGCUCAAUCGGUCAACUUGAUUCGGGAUUUUUCCAGAGCGAAAAGCUGGAGUGGAUCAAAAUGUCAAAGGCCCUCGAGUCUUUGUGCUAUGGGCUGGAAAGUGAUAUCAACAUUGACAUUGCUGGUCCAGGUAUCCUUAUCACAUACAUAACUCAAACCGCAAUGGCUGUGUUUGCAUGGGCCUUCUUCCUGGUUCUUGCAGUCAGCGAUUCUAUUCAGAAUUCAACCUCAAUAUUGGGCUGUGUCUUUCGUAAAAAGAAUAUGGACCAUCGCUCAUCAGUAUUGGGGUUUCUUGGACGAACAAACAUAGCCCACGCUACCAGCACGUUUCUUGCAGAGCUUCACGAAGCACAGUGUUUCUUCGUCGCCGCGAUUGAAAUAGCUCUGAUCAACGCAAACUCACGACCUGCCAUCUUUACGGGCGCGGAUAAUUGGCAGAGUCUUCUAUGGAAUCGCGACAGUAUCCGGUUUCUCGCUGGAAUGGGAGUUUGGCCCAUCAUCCUUGCUCAGAUAUCACUCCGUCGAGCACAGCUUGACUCGAUGUACUAUCUCCUUCUUUCUACAAUUGCGGUGAUACUCGCCGGUGUGGCAGCGGAUACGGCGUCAAAGCCUGAUCCUGAUAAUGUCUACAGAAUGUUUGCAGAUCUGAACAACCUGGAAGAGUGCGGUGGUAACCCCUCGCUUCGCACAUUCUGCGUCGAAGAACGAAGUAGUAUGUACUGGUUCGUCUUUCCUGCAGACAGUAUAUAUGCGUUUAUUGCACUGCUCGCUAUUAUAUGGUGGAUCAAACUCUGGAACGUUAUCGUCAGUUCGUCGUGGUUUAUCCAGAGGCAAAAGCCACUCUCAAACGAGCAGCAUGAAGAUUGGGAGCGCUUGAAACGGAUCUCUUUUAAAUUCUCCCUCGUCUUGAUUCAUGCAGCGGAAGCUGGGGCCCUUGCUUGCAUAUGUCUCGGGCUUCUCGGGAUUAGGAGACCGUUACUGGACCUGCUCCUCAGAGGAGAGUCGGGUACUUGGAGUGUCGGACAGCUUGUUGCCGUUCUAAUUUGGGUGCCUGUUAUCUCCAAGUAUGCGCAUCUAGUCAUACUUGGUGUUGAAAAGGGUUUCAGGCUCCGAUUAUCAAGAGCUUUCGAGAUUGUCAAGAAACCCAAAACAGGGGCGAUGAACAAUGAUGAUUUAUGA